AUGGGUGCUGCUGGAAGUAGAAAUUUCCCUCUGUCAUCGGUGGAACAACAAACGUUACAAUCUCAAACAACAACAGAUCCAAAUGCACCGACGUGGUGGUUUAAACUUUUACUGAAAGGUUCUGGAGUAAUUGGUGGCAUCGUGGCAAUGAUAACUGGUAUACUAUCAUGUAUAACUUUAACUCCAUUGUGUUUAGUUGCUGGUAUUUUAAUGAUGUGUAUAGGAAUGUUUGUGAUUAUGUUUGAAGCACCAUGUUGUUGUCCUUGGUUAGAUUUUAUCAAUCAAAUUAGUGCUUUCUCUGAACGCAGACCACCCUGGCAGAAAGCUUUACUUUAUGGACCACCUGCUUUGCUUCCAUUUUUUCUGUGUAUCUCUGUAACUACAUUUUUUGGGUGUGCUCUGAUUAUGGUUUGUGCUGUUCUAUAUGGUAUGAUGGCACUGGGUAAAAAGUGA